AUGUGGGGGGAUGGGGGAGUGAUUCAAGUUGAGUAUCACGACAAAUGUAAUAGAAGAGACAGCAAAUCUAACAGAAGAGACAGCAUAUCUAACAGAAGAGACAGCAUAUCUAACAGAAGAGACAGCAUAUCUAACAGAAGAGACAACAUAUCUAACAGAAGAGACAACAUAUCUAACAGAAGAGACAACAUAUCUAACAGAAGAGACAGCAAAUCUAACAGAAGAGACAGCAUAUCUAACAGAAGAGACAGCAUAUCUAACAGAAGAGACAGCAUAUCUAACAGAAGAGACAACAUAUCUAACAGAAGAGACAACAUAUCUAACAGAAGAGACAGCAUAUCUAACAGAAGAGACAGCAUAUCUAACAGAAGAGACAGCAUAUCUAACAGAAGAGACAACAUAUCUAACAGAAGAGACAGCAUAUCUAACAGAAGAGACAACAUAUCUAACAGAAGAGACAACAUAUCUAACAGAAGAGACAGCAUAUCUAACAGAAGAGACAACAUAUCUAACAGAAGAGACAGCAUAUCUAACAGAAGAGACAACAUAUCUAACAGAAGAGACAGCAUAUCUAACAGAAGAGACAGCAUAUCUAACAGAAGAGACAGCAUAUCUAACAGAAGAGACAGCAUAUCUAACAGAAGAGACAGCAUAUCUAACAGAAGAGACAACAUAUCUAACAGAAGAGACAACAUAUCUAACAGAAGAGACAGCAUAUCUAACAGAAGAGACAACAUAUCUAACAGAAGAGACAGCAUAUCUAACAGAAGAGACAACAUAUCUAACAGAAGAGACAGCAUAUCUAACAGAAGAGACAGCAUAUCUAACAGAAGAGACAGCAUAUCUAACAGAAGAGACAACAUAUCUAACAGAAGAGACAACAUAUCUAACAGAAGAGACAACAUAUCUAACAGAAGAGACAGCAUAUCUAACAGAAGAGACAUCAUAUCUAUGCUUGUACAUAAAAUUUAA